GCGGCCGGCGCCGGAAGCGUCGCGCAGCCCUCUAACCCCUGAUGGCGGCGGUAGGGACCUAGGCGCUGCCCCGCGGUGACUGAGCUGCGAGCCUGGCGGGCGUGCGCCUAGCCACGUGCCCCCACCCCCACCCCCGGGCUCUUCACCCUGAUGCUGCACGGGUGCUGAGCCCGCCCGGGUCGGGACGAUGGUGAAGUAUUUCCUGGGCCAGAGCGUGCUCCGAAGUUCCUGGGACCAAGUGUUUGCUGCCUUCUGGCAACGGUACCCGAAUCCCUAUAGCAAACAUGUCUUAACUGAAGACAUAGUGCACCGGGAGGUGACCCCUGACCAGAAGCUUCUGUCCCGGAGACUCCUGACCAAGACCAACAGGAUGCCACGUUGGGCAGAGCGACUGUUUCCUGCCAACGUUGCUCACUCGGUGUACAUCCUGGAGGACUCUAUUGUGGACCCACAGAAUCAGACCAUGACCACCUUCACCUGGAACAUCAACCACGCCCGGCUGAUGGUGGUGGAGGAAAGAUGUGUUUACUGUGUGAACUCUGACAAUAACGGCUGGACCGAAAUUCGUCGGGAAGCCUGGGUCUCCUCUAGCUUAUUUGGUGUCUCCAGAGCUGUCCAGGAAUUCGGUCUUGCCCGGUUCAAAAGCAAUGUGACCAAGACAAUGAAAGGCUUUGAAUACAUCCUGGCCAAGCUACAAGGUGAGGCCCCUUCCAAAACACUUGUUGAGACAGCCAAAGAGGCCAAAGAGAAAGCAAAGGAGACCGCACUGGCAGCUACAGAGAAGGCCAAGGACCUGGCCAACAAGGCAGCCACCAAGCAGCAGCAGCAGCAGCAGCUCGUAUAGCUCCCAUCCUCCCCCUUCUCCCCAGUGUACUUGAUUAUUAAAGAUCAGCCUGCAGCCCUCUCUGCCGUCUGGGGUGGUGGGUCGGGGCGCUAUCCUGGUCAGCAUCUGCAUCACCCAGCUCUGUCUGCUGGGCAUAAGGGUGCAGUGACUUGCCCAAAGGUCACAGCGGUGCGCAGGUGAUAGACUGUACGCUCCAAGAGGGCAGGGCUCCUCGUUUUAUUCUCUGCUGUGUCCCAAGUACCCUGAACAAUAUUUAGCACAUAACAGGCACUCAAUAAACACUUGAUUUGAUUAGCCCCA